AUGUCCACCAAGGUCAAGAGGCGCAAGGAGCAGGCGAGGGUGACCUUCCCUGCGCCCGAGGAGGAGGAGGAGGAGGAGGAGGAGGAGGAGGAGGAGGAGGAGGAGGCGGAGGAGGAGGAGGACGACGACGACGACGCGGGCGCCGAGCCGCAGCGCCGCCGGCGCGGCUGGAGGGGCGUCAACGGGGGGCUGGAGCUGCGCUCGGCGCCCUCGUCGCCGGAACCGCACGGCCGCCGCCCGCCGCCCUGGUCGCCGGAGCCCGAUCCGUCCAUGGAUGAAAGCCCUUCCCUGAGGCGCAAGACGGUGAUGCGGGAGAAGGGCCGGCGCCAGGCCGUGCGGGGCCCGGCCUUCAUGUUCAACGACCGCGGCACCAGCCUCACGGCCGAGGAGGAGCGCUUCCUGGACGCGGCCGAGUACGGCAACAUCCCGGUGGUGCGCAAGAUGCUGGAGGAGUCCCGCACCCUCAACGUCAACUGCGUGGACUACAUGGGCCAGAACGCGCUGCAGCUGGCCGUGGGCAACGAGCACCUGGAGGUGACGGAGCUGCUGCUCAAGAAGGAGAACCUGGCGCGCAUCGGCGACGCGCUGCUGCUGGCCAUCAGCAAGGGCUACGUGCGCAUCGUGGAGGCCAUCCUCAACCACCCCGGCUUCGCGGCCAGCGGCCGCCUGACGCUCAGCCCCUGCGAGCAAGAGCUGCAGGACGACGACUUCUACGCCUACGACGAGGACGGCACGCGCUUCUCGCCCGACAUCACGCCCAUCAUCCUGGCGGCGCACUGCCAGAAGUACGAGGUGGUGCACAUGCUGCUGCUGCGCGGCGCGCGCAUCGAGCGGCCGCACGACUACUUCUGCAAGUGCGGCGACUGCACCGAGAAGCAGCGGCGCGACUCCUUCAGCCACUCGCGCUCCAGGAUCAACGCCUACCGGGGGCUGGCCAGCCCGGCCUACCUGUCCCUGUCCAGCGAGGACCCCGUGCUCACCGCCCUGGAGCUCAGCAACGAGCUGGCCAAGCUGGCCAACAUCGAAAAGGAGUUCAAGAAUGACUAUCGGAAGCUGUCCAUGCAAUGCAAAGACUUCGUGGUGGGAGUGCUGGACCUGUGCCGGGACUCGGAAGAGGUGGAAGCCAUCCUGAACGGAGACCUGGAAUCGGCGGAGUCUGUGGAGCCUCACAAGCACAAGGCCUCCCUGAGCCGCGUCAAACUUGCCAUUAAGUAUGAGGUCAAAAAGUUUGUGGCUCACCCCAACUGCCAGCAGCAGCUCCUCACCAUCUGGUACGAGAACCUCUCAGGGCUGCGGGAACAGACCAUCGCCAUCAAGUGUCUGGUGGUGCUGGUGGUGGCCUUGGGCCUCCCGUUCCUUGCCAUAGGCUACUGGAUCGCACCGUGCAGCCAGCUGGGGAAGGUCCUGCGCAGCCCCUUCAUGAAGUUCGUGGCGCAUGCGGCUUCUUUCAUCCUCUUCCUGGGCCUGCUUGUGUUCAACGCCUCAGACAGGUUCGAAGGCGUCAGCACGCUGCCCAACAUCACAGUCCUCGACUAUCCCAAGCAGAUCUUCAGGGUCAAGACCACCCAGUUCACGUGGACCGAGAUGCUAAUAAUGGUUUGGGUCCUUGGAAUGAUGUGGUCCGAGUGCAAGGAGCUCUGGCUGGAAGGCCCGAGGGAAUACAUCGUGCAGCUCUGGAACGUGCUGGACUUCGGGAUGCUCUCCAUCUUCAUCGCUGCGUUCACGGCCAGGUUCCUGGCUUUUCUCCAGGCCACGAAAGCACAGCAGUACGUGGACAGCUACGUCCAAGAGAGCGACCUGAGCGAAGCCACUCUCCCCCCGGAAAUACAGUAUUUCACGUACGCCAGAGAUAAGUGGCUCCCCUCCGACCCUCAGAUCAUAUCGGAAGGGCUCUAUGCCAUCGCCGUGGUGCUCAGCUUCUCCCGGAUCGCCUACAUACUCCCUGCCAACGAGAGCUUCGGCCCCUUGCAGAUCUCGCUGGGCAGGACCGUGAAAGACAUCUUCAAGUUCAUGGUUCUCUUCAUUAUGGUGUUUCUCGCCUUUAUGAUUGGCAUGUUCAUCCUAUACUCUUACUACCUUGGGGCUAAAGUAAACGCUGCUUUUACCACUGUGGAAGAAAGCUUCAAGACUCUGUUUUGGUCCAUAUUCGGGUUGUCCGAAGUGACUUCAGUUGUGCUCAAAUAUGAUCACAAGUUUAUAGAGAAUAUUGGAUAUGUGCUUUAUGGAAUAUACAAUGUGACUAUGGUGGUUGUUUUGCUCAACAUGUUAAUAGCUAUGAUUAACAGCUCGUAUCAAGAAAUUGAGGAUGACAGUGAUGUCGAAUGGAAGUUUGCUCGCUCAAAACUUUGGUUAUCUUAUUUUGAUGAUGGAAAAACAUUACCUCCACCCUUCAGUCUAGUUCCCAGUCCAAAGUCAUUUGUUUAUUUCAUCAUGCGGAUUGUUAACUUUUCCAAAUGCAGAAGAAGGAGGCUCCAGAAAGAUAUAGAAAUGGGACUGGGGAACUCAAAGUCCAGGUUAAACCUCUUCACUCAGUCUAACUCCAGAGUUUUUGAAUCACACAGUUUUAACAGCAUUCUCAAUCAGCCAACACGUUAUCAGCAGAUAAUGAAAAGGCUCAUAAAGCGGUAUGUUUUGAAAGCACAAGUAGACAAAGAGAAUGAUGAAGUGAAUGAAGGCGAACUAAAAGAAAUCAAGCAAGAUAUCUCCAGCCUUCGUUAUGAACUGUUGGAGGACAAGAGCCAGGCGACGGAGGAGCUGGCCAUGCUAAUUCACAAGCUCAGCGAGAAGCUGAGCCCCAGCUCACCGAGGUGUGAGUGA